AUGAUUGAUGACAAGAAGCUCCUUAUUGGCAUCGUUGGCUCGUCGAUAAUCGCUUACAAUACUGUUCGAAUAUUAUAUAGCUAUAUGCACAACCGACAAUCGCCACUGAUUCCUGUUGGAACAGUUAAAGCGCUCUAUGUCUAUCCUGUAAAGUCAUGCAAGGGAAAGAAGGUGUUCUCCAUUUACUGCACGGAGACAGGUCCAGUCUCUGGGGAAGUUACAGAUAGGAAUUUCAUUAUUAUCAACGGCAAAGAUGGAAAGUUCUACACUGGCAGACAAAAACCAUGCCUGGUUAUGAUUGAAACUGAUGUGCAAGACCGCGUUCUAACUUUGAAGUAUGGAGAGAAAUGUGUAGAAGUUCAUAUCGAUGAGGUCUUACAACGUCGUGAUGUGAGAACUGCGAAGCUGUUCCAUGAGCAAAUAAGUGAUGGUCUCGAUUGCGGGGAUGAGGUUUCGGCUUUCCUUUCUGAGAUUCUGGAGGAGGCCGGUUAG